GAGGAUGAAGUUGAUCCUCUUGAUGCCUUCAUGUCAGGAAUUCAAGAAGAAGUGAGAAAAAUCAAUCGGGUUGAUAUGCGAGGAGGUGUUAUGAAGUCCACCAAGCCCAUUUCAGUGGGCACAGGGGAAGCGGGAGCAAAGAAACCUGUCAUCAUCAUGGGUGUGGCCAAGAAAGUGGAUGCCAAAAAGAAGGGUGAGCUGAUGGAGCAGAACCAAGAUGCGCUAGAGUAUUCAUCAGAGGAAGAAGGAGAGGACCUCAAGGAUACCAUGGCUAGCAUCAACUCUAAAGGCAAAAAGGAACUAGUGAAGAUUGACCAUACAGCAGUUGAGUAUGUUCCUUUCAGAAAGGACUUUUAUGUGGAGGUUCCUGAGAUUGCCAACAUGACAAAAGAGGAGGUGGAUGCUUACAGAGCGGAGCUAGAAGGCAUUAAGAUCAAGGGUCAGGGAUGCCCCAAACCCAUCAAGACAUGGGCUCAGUGUGGGGUCAGUAAGCGAAUCUUGGAGAUAUUGAAGAAGUGUAAUUAUGAGAAACCAACACCUAUUCAAGUUCAGGCCAUUCCUGCAAUCAUGAAAGGCAGGGAUGUGAUUGGCAUUGCCAAGACAGGGUCAGGGAAGACCCUAGCCUUCCUUCUGCCUAUGUUCCGCCACAUCGUGGACCAGCCUCCCCUCGAGGACACAGACGGACCCAUAGCCAUCAUCAUGACCCCGACAAGGGAGCUAUGCAUGCAGAUAGGAAAGGAAUGCAAAAAGUUUGCAAAGAACAAUCUGAGAGUUUGCUGUGUAUAUGGAGGCACAGGAAUUUCAGAACAAAUUGCUGAGCUGAAACGUGGGGCAGAAAUCAUUGUCUGCACUCCUGGCCGGAUGAUUGAUAUGUUAGCAGCAAACAGUGGCAGAGUGACCAACCUUCGGAGAGUGACAUAUGUUGUCCUUGAUGAGGCAGAUCGCAUGUUUGAUCUAGGUUUUGAACCACAGGUCAUGAGAAUAAUAGAUAAUAUUCAACCAGGCCGGCAGACGGUUAUGUUCUCUGCCACUUUCCCGAGGCAAGUGGAGGCACUGGCCAAGAAGAUUCUCACCAAGCCUAUUGAGAUCACGGUCGGAGGAAGGUCCAUCGUCUGCAAAGAUGUAACACAGGAGGUGGUCAUGAUUGAGGAGGACCAGAAGUUCCUGAAGCUUUUGGAGAUCCUGGGGAAGUUCUAUGAGAAAGGCCAGACGCUUAUCUUCGUGGACAAGCAGGAGAGUGCGGAUUCAUUGUUUAAGGAUCUCCUUAGUCACUCGUAUCGUGCCCUUGUACUUCAUGGAGGUGUUGAUCAGAUUGACAGAGACAGCACAAUCCUAGACUUCAAGGCAGGAAGGGUGCCUAUCAUGGUAGCAACCUCUGUGGCAGCAAGAGGUCUAGAUGUAAAACAACUUAUUUUGGUUGUUAACUUUGACUGCCCAAAUCAUUAUGAAGACUAUGUUCAUAGAUGUGGUCGAACUGGUCGGGCAGGUAACAAGGGAUGGGCCUUUACUUUUAUUACAAAUGACCAGCCUAAAUUUGCGGGAGAAGUUAUACGUGCCAUGGAGCUGUCCGACACACCUGUACCUGAGGAAAUAAAGAAAUUCUACGAGGAGUACAAGCAGAAGAUGGAAGGAGAGGGGAAAAAGGUAAAGACAGGGGGUGGCUUCCAUGGCAAGGGAUACAAGUUCGACGAGUCUGAGGCCAACUUUGCGUCAGAGAAAAAGAAGUUCGAGAAGGCUGCGCUGGGUCUGGCCGACUCCGAUGACGAGGAUAUUGAGCAGGACAUUGACCAGCAGAUUGAGAGCAUGUUGAACACCAAGAGGACUGUCAAGGAGAUUAAAGUGACACCAAUGGUAGCACAGUCCACAGGCAGCACAACCACAACAAGCAUUCCUGUUGGUGGUCCCUCUGCCUCGGACAAGCUGGAGCUGGCACGGAAAUUAGCUCAGCGCAUUAACCUGCAGCACAACAUCGGCAAGGAGGCUAAGGGAGCAAGUCAGCAGGCAGCAGAGUUCAUCCUUAAGGGAGGAGCAACAAUGCAGCCCACCAUCUCUGCUAAAACAGUGGCUGAGCAAAUGGCCCAGAAACUGAAUAACAAGCUGAACUACCAGCCUCGUGAUGACCGUGAAGAGGAGGAAGAAGCCACAGAAGAAACACACCACAAGUAUGAGGAGGAGUUGGAGAUCAAUGAUUUCCCCCAGCAGGCUAGGUGGAGAGUGACCAGCAAAGAGGCCUUGGCCCAGAUAUCCGAGUAUUCCGAAGCUGGAAUCACUGUCAGAGGAACCUUCUGCCCUCCGGGUAAGAACCCACCAGAGGGUGAACGCAAACUGUUCCUGGCCAUUGAGUCCACCUCAGAGCUGGCAGUGUCUAAGGCCAAAGCUGAGAUCAUCCGCUUAAUCCGCGAGGAACUGGUGAAGCUGAGGACGAGUGCAGGACCAGUGAAAGCACAAGGAAGAUACAAAGUUUUGUAAAGUCUGCAUAUCAAGGGGUGUUUUACAUGAUUGCAUACUCCCUUAACAUGCAAAAAGAAAUUCUCCUUUUCACUCUUCUUUGCCUUUUUUCCGCCCUCUUUAUGUUUUUCCAUAGUCAGAUCAUGUAUUACCAAAGCUGUGCAUAGCAUUAUGUACACAUCUCUGUUUCAUGAAAAAGUAUCAUGUAAAUAGAGUGAGGUUUUACUUGUUUGUAGACUUCAAAAAGAAAAUAAAAAUAGCCUAUACAUAUUGUCAGUACAGACUUCCAAGAAAAUUUUAACUGCAACAUUCCUGUCAGGGAUCUGAACUUGUAAACUGUUGAAUUUUGUAGGAAGGAAUAUACUGCAGUUCUUUGAGACAGUGUGAAGUGUGGCAGAAAACUUUUGAUAGUCUUUUUUGAUAAAUUUCAAAAAUUAUCCACAACACAAAUAAAUCAACUAAAGCCUUAUCACUUAAAUUUAGAUAUCAGGAUUGCAAGCAGUCACACGUGGUUUUUACCUCAAAUCUGAUAUUCAGUCUUAAUUUUUUGUUAUUAGGAUAAUCUAAAUAAGGUUAUUUGUAUGCCUAAGUAAGAUUUCUUAUGUACAAUCAAUGCCUGAAGUACCCAAAAUGUAUUUUAGGUCAACACUGUGAGACUAAAUUAUUUCACCAAUAAAUGACAGAAUUAAAA